AUGGCGCCGCCUGUUGUCAGCAAUGUGCUCGACACUAUCGGCAACACCCCUUGUGUACGUCCCAAAAAUGUCAUCCCCGAGGGAUGCGCAGAAGUCUAUCUCAAGCUCGAGUACUUCAACCUAACCGGGUCAUAUAAAGAUCGAAUGGCCAAAUCCAUCAUUGAAGAAGCCGAUAAGAGUGGCGGUCUCAGACCAGGCCUGACCGUGGUUGAAGCGAGCGGUGGUAGCACAGGUUCUUCACUGGCUCUUGUCUGUGCAGCCAAGGGAUACAACUGCCACAUUGUUACCUCAAAUGCCUUUGCUGUCGAGAAGCUUCGGACGAUGGGUGCGUUCAGGACACAUGUGGAAAUCAUCCAUAGUCCGUCUAGCAAAAUCCAUGCUGAUCUCAUUCUAUCCAUGAUCCGCCGGGUCAACGAGCAUUCGCAAGAUCCUCAGAUAUAUUAG